AUGGCUCGAUUUUAUAAAUUGGGCAAAGUAAAUAUCAAUGUUAGCGGAUCUUCUACUCAAUAUAUUAACGGAAGUAGGCAAUUAACUAAACCGUCUUACGCAGUUGACCAAGUUGAUAAGACAUACGACUGGUGUUCUAACUGUGGUAACACUCCUGAGGAACAACCAUGGAUUGUCUUUUCAAUCAAAGAUUCACCGUUGUCAAUUUCUGGCUACUAUUUGAGAGUUGGAUGCUGCAAAUACAAUGGCUGCUGUUGUGAAGAACUAGGAUAUUGCUCACGCUGCUGCCUUUACAGUUGGGCUUUUCAAAUUUCGGAUGAUGCCAAGAAUUGGAAAGAAGUUCAUAGAGUUGAGAAAGACAUUAAGGCAGAGUACUGCGCGGAAAGACAAUAUGAUUUCAAACAAGCUUAUAAGGCAAAAUAUUUUAGGUUGAUCCAGACUGAAGCUUGCCCUGGAGAACCCCCUUGCUUAUCAUUAAACAAGUUUGAAAUGUUCGGAGAUCCAAAUGGUGAAGAUGCUUCUUAUAUAGUUUAUAAUGAAGAUGAAGAAGAUGACGUCAGCAUUAUUGGACAUCUUUCAAAAGAGAAUAGAAUUUAA